AUGCCUCGCGCUGCCUCGCCUUCUGCCGCCUCGCGGCAUCGCCUUCUUCUGCCGCCUUUACUGGCUGGCCUCGACUUCUGCCGCCUCGCGGCCCCGACCUCUUCUGCCGCCUCGCGGCCCGACUUCUUCUCGCCCUUCCUGGCACGCCUCGCGCUGCCUCGCCUUCUGCCGCCUUUACUGGCUGGCCUCGCCUUCUGCCGCCUUGCGGCUCUGCCUCCUUCUGCCGUCUCGCGGCUCCGAACUUUGCCGCCUUGCGGCCCUUUCUGCCGCCCAGCGGCCACGACUUCCUCUGGACUGGUGGGCCGCGGGGCCCUGAGGAGCUACAAGAGCCUAGAGCUCAAGGCCUCACCAGGUGUCCCCGGAGCUGCACACCAAUCGACAACACCUCCACCACCUGCUUGCUACGAGGAGCAGGCACGGGGACUUCGCCGACUGUCAUAA